AUGCCAAAAAUUUCAAUGCCUGAUGUAGACUUUAAUCUGAAAGGGCCGAAGGUGAAGGGAGAUAUGGAUGUUUCAGUUCCAAAGAUAGAAGGUGACCUCAAAGGGCCGAAGGUAGAUAUUGAUGCUCCAGAUGUUGACAUUGAAGGACCAGAAGGGGGAUUCAAAAUGCCCAAAUUCAAAAUGCCCAAGUUUGGGUUCAAAGGUCCUAAAGUUGAAGGCCCAGAUGUAGAUGUCAAUCUACCCAAAGGCGAUAUUGAGAUCAAAGGACCAAAGAUAGACAUUGACACACCUGAUAUUGACAUUGAAGGCCCUGAAGGAAAAAUCAAGGGUCCUGGAUUCAAGAUGCCAACCAUUUCUGGACCCAAUAUCAAAAUGCCAAGUAUGGAUUUCAAUCUGAAAGGACCGAAGGUGGAAGGUGAUCUCAAAGGGCCAAAGGUAGACAUUGAAGCUCCUGAUAUUGACAUUGAGGGCCCUGAAGGCAAAAUCAAGGGUCCCGGAUUCAAGAUGCCAACCAUUUCUGGACCCAACAUCAAAAUGCCCAAAUUUGGUUUGAAAGGUCCUAAAGUUGAAGGCCCAGAUGUAGAUGUGAAUCUACCCAAAGGCGAUAUUGAUAUCAAAGGGCCAAAGAUAGACAUUGACACACCUGAUAUUGACAUUGAAGGCCCUGAAGGAAAAAUCAAGGGUCCUGGAUUCAAGAUGCCAACCAUUUCUGGACCAAAUAUCAAAAUGCCAAGUAUGGAUUUCAAUCUGAAAGGACCGAAGGUGGAAGGUGACCUGAAAGGGCCAAAGGUAGACAUUGAAGCUCCUGAUAUGAAUAUUGAGGGCCCUGAAGGGAAAAUCAAGGGUCACGGAUUCAAGAUGCCAAAAAUUUCAAUGCCUGAUGUAGACUUUAAUCUGAAAGGGCCGAAGGUGAAGGGAGAUAUGGAUGUUUCAGUUCCAAAGAUAGAAGGUGACCUCAAAGGGCCGAAGGUAGAUAUUGAUGCUCCAGAUGUUGACAUUGAAGGACCAGAAGGGGGAUUCAAAAUGCCCAAAUUCAAAAUGCCCAAGUUUGGGUUCAAAGGUCCUAAAGUUGAAGGCCCAGAUGUAGAUGUCAAUCUACCCAAAGGCGAUAUUGAGAUCAAAGGACCAAAGAUAGACAUUGACACACCUGAUAUUGACAUUGAAGGCCCUGAAGGAAAAAUCAAGGGUCCUGGAUUCAAGAUGCCAACCAUUUCUGGACCCAAUAUCAAAAUGCCAAGUAUGGAUUUCAAUCUGAAAGGACCGAAGGUGGAAGGUGAUCUCAAAGGGCCAAAGGUAGACAUUGAAGCUCCUGAUAUUGACAUUGAGGGCCCUGAAGGCAAAAUCAAGGGUCCCGGAUUCAAGAUGCCAACCAUUUCUGGACCCAACAUCAAAAUGCCCAAAUUUGGUUUGAAAGGUCCUAAAGUUGAAGGCCCAGAUGUAGAUGUGAAUCUACCCAAAGGCGAUAUUGAGAUCAAAGGGCCAAAGAUAGACAUUGACACACCUGAUAUUGACAUUGAAGGCCCUGAAGGAAAAAUCAAGGGUCCUGGAUUCAAGAUGCCAACCAUUUCUGGACCAAAUAUCAAAAUGCCAAGUAUGGAUUUCAAUCUGAAAGGACCGAAGGUGGAAGGUGACCUCAAAGGGCCAAAGGUAGACAUUGAAGCUCCUGAUAUUGACAUUAAGGGCCCUGAAGGGAAAAUCAAGGGUCACGGAUUCAAGAUGCCAAAAAUUUCAAUGCCUGAU